UGACGUGAAGCCGAGGAGGAGCGGGGACGCGCAGCGGGGGCGCGCAGGUACUACAGGCACAAUGCGCAGCAGCUCUCCAGACGUGCUCGGGCUGCACGAUGCUCCUCUUCUAGGUGACUAGAGGUGAUCUCCUCACUGCUUCAUAUCUGGAGACAUUCAGCAGAACGACACUACAACCCACCGAGAUGAGCCUGAUUCGUACUGCAGGGCACUGCUGCUGAACGGCUGGAGGACGCUGGAGGGGAUGGCCUCCUUAGCAGACUGAAACGGGUCUGGAUCCACUGAAAGAACCUAUGCGCCUUUUCUCCUGCGCUAUAACGUCUACUCCACUCCAGUCGUCUCCAGGAUCAGAGUGAUGUGGACGACUCAGGACCGCGGACGGUGGGGGGUCGGCUGUCUGUCCCUCCUUGUGGCCAUGGUCUGCGGUGCGCAGAGCGCAAACGAGCCCAGCAACAUGUCCUAUGUGAAAGCUACUGUGGACAAACUACUGAAGGGUUAUGACAUUCGUCUAAGGCCUGACUUUGGAGGUGCUCCGGUGGACGUCGGUAUGAGUAUAGACAUCGCCAGCAUUGACAUGGUGUCAGAAGUCAACAUGGACUACACCAUCACCAUGUACUUCCAGCAGUCGUGGAGGGACAAACGUCUCUCUUACACUGGGAUCCCACUCAACCUGACCCUGGACAACAGGGUGGCAGAUCAACUGUGGGUGCCAGACACCUACUUCAUCAAUGACAAAAAGUCCUUCGUCCACGGGGUGACAGUCAAGAACCGCAUGAUACGACUGCAUCCAGAUGGAACUGUGCUGUACGGCCUUAGGAUCACAACUACAGCAGCCUGCAUGAUGGACUUGCGCAGAUACCCAUUGGACGAACAGAACUGCACCUUGGAGAUAGAGAGCUAUGGAUACACCACUGAUGACAUUGAGUUCUACUGGCAAGGAGGGAGUUCGGGGUCGGUCACGGGGGUGGAGAACAUCGAACUUCCCCAGUUUUCCAUUAUGGACUAUCAAACGCUCUCCAAGAAAGCAGUGUUUGCCACAGGUUCCUACCCGCGGUUGUCACUGAGCUUCAAGCUGAAGAGAAACAUUGGAUACUUCAUCUUGCAGACGUACAUGCCCUCCACCCUGAUCACCAUCCUGUCCUGGGUCUCCUUCUGGAUCAACUACGACGCCUCGGCCGCCAGAGUGGCCUUGGGCAUAACGACGGUUCUGACAAUGACCACUAUCAACACCCAUCUGAGGGAGACUCUGCCCAAGAUUCCUUACGUCAAGGCCAUCGACAUUUACCUCAUGGGCUGCUUCGUCUUCGUCUUCCUGGCUCUGCUGGAGUACGCGUUUGUCAACUACAUCUUCUUCGGACGGGGCCCGCACCUGCAGAAGAAAGUGGCGGAGAAGGCUGCCAAGACCAAUAAUGAGAACAAGAGCCGGCUGGAGAGCAACAAAGUGCAAGUGGAUGCCCACGGCAACAUCCUGCUGACCAACCUCACCAACGAGAUGAGCGGCGCCGAAAUGAUGGGGGCGCUCAACGACCCGCGAGUCACCAUGUUCUCCUACGACAGCGCCAGCAUUCAGUAUCGCAAGCCCAUGACCAGCCGGGACAUGUACGGCCGGCCCGCCCUGGACCGCCCUGUGGCCCACAAGAAGAGCCGCUUGAGGAGGAGGGCCUCGCAGCUCAAGGUGAAGAUCCCGGACCUGACGGAUGUCAAUGCCAUAGACAAGUGGUCGCGCGUCAUCUUCCCCAUCAUCUUCACGUUCUUCAACCUGGUGUACUGGCUCUACUACGUCCACUAAAGGUCAAAGCUUGAGGCGGCCACAAAAAAACACCCGACUGGCGCUUUGCUUACGUCGGUUGGGUCCUUGUACAGUGUUGCGCAAAUAAAAGUGUGUCUGUUGGGGGGUCGGGGUGGGCAGGGGGUCAACCUAUCCAACUAGUUUGUAUAAAUUCUAUUGCUGAAUACACACAAGUCCCCUGGAUGUCUUUUCAAUGUAAAUACGAUUUAAUAUAUAAUAUAUAAAUAUACAUAUAUAUAAGAGAAAUAUAAUUUAAUAAAUGAUCUCACCUUUUGAUCUAUUCAUCAGUACAACAAAUGAAAUAGAUGAAAUUAAACUAAGGGAUUUUAAACGCACACAUUUUUCUGUUUGGAUUUUGUGCCAAAAAGUUAGAGACAAUGCUAUUUCCUUUAUUAGGUUUCCUACUCUCAGCUUACUUUAUCGCACUCUGCAUGCAUAUAAAACACAGCUUUCAUUUGCUAUUGAUUUUUUUUCAAAUACAAUUGAAAAGAGCCCAGAGCAGAAAAGAGAGGGUAAGAAAAAUGUUUUAUCAUAUAUUAAAACUAAUAUUAUUAUCAAGCAAAAUUAUGUGUAAAAUCUUUCUGUACGAUUGACAAGAUAUUGCAAAGUAUUUGGCGAGAUGACAUACUAUAAAUUGGUGACACUGGAUUGUUUGCGCGCGAUGGUUAGACUGAAGUGACUCAUUGUCAUCGUAAGGGCCAUUUGUAUUGUAUCCGAUGAGGAGCAAGUGACAGAUCUUUACAGAGGACUUUGUUUUAGCCGUUUAUCUUAUGCUGAGUGCAUGUCUGCUCUUUUACACAGUGCAAUUUGCUUUAUUUAUUUUAUUGCAGGGCAAUAUUUAGCCACUUAUACUGUAUGCUUUUAAACAACCAUUGCAUUUAAGGUUAGUCCUGGUCAAAAUGUUAAAUGUAACUUGACCAAUAAUUACAUGAAGACAAAUUUGUGAACAUUUCUAACAAAAAUAUUCUCACAGUGUCUGUGAGCAUGUAUAAUGUAAUUUUCUUUAAAAGAAAUCAGGUAAAGAAUGACCUAUGAUGUCACCAUACAUUUGAAAGUAACAUUUUAAAAACUUGAGGCCCCAAACACUCUGUUAAGGUUUUUUGAACGAUGACCUGAUCCCAAAUACCAAUUUUAAAAUGGUUGCCACGUCGGCAACCAGGGAUGAGCUGCAGGUAGUCAACAUUGUCAGAUUAUGGUCCAAUGUUAUUAUUCUGCAUAUUUAAAUAAUUGAAAAGUUAUAUUAAAAAAAAUUAAAUAUAUAUUAUGUAAAA